CGUGGCCCCCGCUACGUCACAUCCGGCCCUUGCGAGUCGGGGCUGGGAACCCGCGCGAUGAAGUGCGUAUUUGUCACUGUAGGGACCACCAGCUUUGACGACCUCAUUGCGCGUGUCUCGGCGCACGACACUCUGCAAAUCUUCAAGAGCCUGGGCUACAACCGACUUGUCCUUCAGAUAGGUAGAGGAAAGGUGGUACCUGAACCAUUCAGUACUGAGUCAUUUGCUCUGGAUGUUUACAGGUACAAGGAUUCAUUGAAAGAAGAUCUUCAGAAAGCGGAUCUUGUUAUUAGUCACGCAGGUGCAGGAAGCUGUUUGGAGACGCUGGAAAAAAGAAAGCCCCUUGUAGUGGUUGUAAACGAAAAGUUGAUGAACAAUCAUCAGUUGGAAUUGGCAAAGCAGCUGCACAAAGACGGGCAUCUCUUCUACUGUACCUGCAGGAUCCCGACUUGUCCUGGGCAAGCCACCUUUGCUUCUGCUCCUGAGAAGUGCCAAGAUUCUGCAGCGCUGACUCCAACUGCCUUCUCAUCCCUAGACUUUGGGCUGCUUUCCGGAUACCUGCAUAAGCAAGCCCUUGUCACUGCUACCCAUUUCUACCUGCAUCCUGCUUUUUCUUUCUUGCCACGUUUGUGUUCCUUUCUCCCCCUCCCCACCUCCACCUCUGCCAAAAUGCAUAAAGGAUGGAAAAAGUACUGCGGCCAGAAGUCUCUGAAUGAGGCAUCAAUGGAUGAAUAUUUAGGCAGCUUAGGGCUGUUUCGAAAGCUGACUGCCAAGGAUGCCUCUUGCCUCUUUCGGGCUAUUUCGGAGCAGUUGUUUUGCAGCCAGGUCCAUCAUUUGGAAAUCAGGAAGGCUUGUGUCUCGUAUAUGAGAGAAAACCAACAUACUUUUGAGUCUUAUGUGGAGGGAUCUUUUGAGAAAUACCUGGAACGGUUGGGAGAUCCCAAGGAAAGUGCUGGCCAGCUGGAAAUAAGAGCUCUUUCUCUAAUUUAUAAUCGGGAUUUCAUUCUUUAUCGCUAUCCCGGAAAGCCUCCAACUUACGUCACAGAUAAUGGCUAUGAAGACAAGAUUCUACUCUGCUAUUCAAGUAAUGGCCAUUAUGAUUCAGUAUACUCAAAACAAUUUCAGUCAAGUGCAGCUGUUUGUCAGGCUGUAUUGUAUGAAAUUCUCUAUAAAGAUGUGUUUGUUGUGGAUGAAGAAGAGUUGAAGACUGCAGUUGAAUUGUUUCGAAGUGGUUCCAAAAAGAACAGAAACAAUGCUCUGACUGGCAGUGAAGAUGUCAAUAUUGACUACAAGAGUUCAACUCAGGAUAGGACUGAAGAGCUGGGUGCCUGCUGCAACGCUGAAAAUAUCCCAGAGGGGUACAAUCAAGGAACAGAAGAAGCAAAGUCUCCAGAAGGCCCAUCAAAGAUGCUCUUUCCCUAUAAGGUGCUCAAAGCCCUGGAUCCAGAAAUCUAUCGUAAUGUAGAAUUUGAUGUUUGGUUGGACAGCAGAAAAGAACUUCAAAAGUCUGAUUACAUGGAGUAUGCUGGGAGACAUUACUAUCUGGGAGACAAGUGUCAGGUUCGCUUGGAAUCAGGUGGAAGAUACUACAAUGCUCAUAUUCAGGAAGUUGGAAAUGAGAAUAAUUCUGUAACAGUCUUCAUUGAGGAAUUGGCAGAAAAGCACAUGGUUCCGCUGGCUAACUUAAAACCAGUUACUCAAGUCACGCCUGUUCCUGCCUGGAAUGCUAUGCCCAGUCGGAAAGGAAGAGGUUACCAGAAAGUUUCCGGGGGCUAUGUCCCAGAAAUGGCUGUGUCAGAGAUGGACAUGAAACAACGGAAGAAGAUGUUCAAAAAAGUUAGAGGAAAAGAGGUUUAUAUGACAAUGGCUUACAGCAGGGGAGACACCCUCCUCCCACCCAGGCUUCAGCACAGUAUGCAUUAUGGGCAUGACCCUCCAAUGCACUACCCACAGACAGCUGGCAGUAUUAUGUCUAAUGAACAUUUUCAUCCUCAGCAUGCGUCUCAGAGACAAGGUCGGGGAUAUGGGAUGCCCAGGGAUUCAUCUCGCUUUAUAAACAGGCAUAACAUGGAGGGCCCUAAAGUUGGUUUUUACCCUGGCCCAGGUAAAAGAUGUUGCCAGAGCUAUGAUAACUUCUCUUACAGAUCUCGUUCCUUCAGACGUAGUCACCGCCAGAUGCAUUGUAUGAAUAAGGAGUGCCAGUAUAGCUUUGCCCCAGAGAGUGGACAGAUGCCCAGGGGCUUGGAAGAAACCAUUACCUUUUAUGAAGUUGAAGAAGGGGAUGAAACUGCUUAUCCACCUUUACCUAAUCAUGGAGGGCCCACUACAAUGGUUCCUGCUGCUUCAAGAUACUGUGUUGCAAGGCGAGGACAUAGCUCCAGCAAACAGACUUUGAAUUCAGAGGAGGGCAGUGGCCAGACUGACAGUGGGAGAUAUCAUGAAGAAUAUAUUUAUCCUUCAGAACCAGACUAUGAAACUUCAGGUGUUUAUAGCACAACUGAAUCUACAGCAAACUUGUGGAGGUCUACAGGAGGGCUCUGCUCAGGGACUCAGGCUGAUAGAAGCUCCAUUCAUGGUUGCCAAGGGAGGAACCAAAAGUCUCUUCAGGACAGAAGACCAUGUUCUAUAUCUCCUCAGGACACAGUUACCUCAUACAGCUACCCCCAGAAGGUGAUGGUAAAUUCUUCAGCAGUUGCAGCUUCCUGUGCCAAUAAUGUUCCAGCUUCAGUUUUACCUAACUGUGCAGUGGCUAAUCAAGCUAGUAGUACCACUUCAGUUUCCUCACAGAAUGUUAUGCAGCCUCUAUUUGUUUCUCCACCUAUGCAGGGCAGGCCAGUGAUUGCUUCACCAUCUUAUCCAUACCUUUCUGCUCCUAUUCCUGCUGCUGCUGGUUCUUUACCACCUCCACCUCCACCUCCUCCUCUUGAGGUGGGAGAGGCUUCAAACUUACCACCACCACCUCCACCUUAUUCCUGUGAUCCAAGUGGCAGUGAUCUGCCUCAAGAUACAAAAGUUUUGCAGUACUAUUUCAAUCUGGGAUUGCAGUGCUAUCACCACAACUACUGGCACUCCAUGGUCUAUGUGCCACAGAUGCAGCAGCAGCAACAUCUUCAUGUAGAGAAUUAUCCAGUCUAUUCUGAGCCAUCUCCUCUGGUAGAGCAGACAGUUCCUCAGUUGUAUGGUGAGGUGGGGAGACAAGAAGGCACACAGGUGGAAGCAACAACAAAUGGUACUUUUCCAAAUGCUGACCCUGCAUCUGUCCCUCACGGAGCCGUCUAUUAUCCAAUGAUGUCAGAUCCCUAUGGGCCACCACCUUUGCCAGGUUUUGAUUCCUGUCUUCCUGUUGUGCCAGAUUAUCCCUAUGUUGCCCCUUGGCAUCCAGUUGGUGCAGCAUAUGGUGGUUCUUCUCAAAUUCAUGGUGCUAUGAAUCCUGGGCCAGUUGGCUAUAUUGCUUCACCUCCCUCAACCUCUCAUUACCUACCUCAGAAUAUGUAAGCCUGAGCAGUAUGAAGUUACUCUUGCACUGCCAUUUUUUGCUGUUUUGGUUUUUAAAAAGUGUUUUAUGUUAGUGUUUAAGUGAUUUAGGUGGUUAGGGUGAUUACUGUUGUAUCUUAUCUGUCUUUAAGAUUAUUUUAUCUUUUGAUUUAAAAUACUACUUUAAAUAAAGGAAUAUUACUUUGGGUUGUGGAUAAAGAAAUUGAGAUGGAUGUACAGGCUAGCCCCAUAUUGAACAUAUUUCAUCAGCUCUUUUCCUGUCAGCCAGCUUGUCAACUUUGUAUUAGCUGAUGGUUCCAGUUGAUAAAAGGAAUAAAUCCUACAAACUAUUUCCUUGGUUCAAAUGUCACACAUCAUAUUAAACCAUGCAAAUUUGGAAUAACUUGACUUUUUUCUAGAAAAUAAAAAUAUGAACAUUUGCUUCUGGAUAACUAAAUAUUAAAUGAGAGAGUUUUUCGGGUUUCUUAAGAAUUGUCUGAACUCAGUUAUGUUCUGUGAUAUUAAUCAGUUUUGAAGGCACAUGGUGCUCUGCUUUAGAUUUAUUCCAUAUGCUCUUUGAUAUUGGAUUUAUGUAACUGUUUUACUGCACAGUAUUGAAUUGGUGUCCUUUGCACAGUUAGCAGUAAAUAAAAAUAAGCAUUUAAAAUUGCUAAAA